GUUGUGACGUUGAAAGUCGUCGGUCUCUAAGAAACGUGAAGGCAUCAUGCCUUGAACACACACAAGCCGGCCAGAGUUAUUAGAUGCUUCUUAACUUAGUUCAGUGCACAGUAGAGGCAAUCGAUAAAUAUCGAAACGAAAUACAUUUUUGAAAUUAACAUUCGGCUCCUUAAAAAAAAUUGCUCUCCAAAAUUUAUUGGAUGGUGUGUAAAGUGUUUGUUCAAUACUCCGACAGCUCCUAUUAAUGGCUGGUGUACGAAUGCAAGCAGUGAACUUAAGAUUUCUUUGGUUUGUACACGUGCUCGUGCUAUGCAGCCUGACCAAUCAAAUAGCCUGCCUCUCAAUUUUGGAGCACAUAGUGGACCCGCCUGUUGUCAGCAACUGCUCGACUGUCACGUUGACAUGCCGCGUGGAUACUCCCGCCCCCAAUGUCGAAGUAUGGUGGACAUUCCGCGGAGAAAAUGCUUCCAAACUGCCUGACACUACCAUUGUGACUGACAAUGCCGACAAUGGGGAAUGGCAGUUGGAACUGAAAUGCCCCACUCUAGAACAUAAGGGGAGUUACGCCUGUAAUGUGCAGGGUAGAAAUGAGAGCGAAGUUGUCUACAGGAAAGAGGCAUUGCUCAGGAUAUAUGUUCCUGUGACCAUAGAGCUUGAGCAGAACGUCACAUCACAAUUAGCUGGGCACAAUGUUAACUUAACCUGUCUAGUCACUGCUCAUCCAACCGCUACUGUGGAUUGGUAUAAAAAUGGAGAAAUGUUAAACAGCACAGAGACCCGUAAAUCAGUAGAAACACCCGGACUUGACCAAACUACUAUUCUGGCCUCUUUGCAUAUAGAGAACCUCACAAGAGAUGAUAAUGGAACUUACGAUUGUCAAGCAAGUAAUGAAUUUACCAACGCAACAAUGUCACAGGAUUUACUUGUUGAAGAUCCCCCAGAAGUAGAAUUUUUGGAAGAUCAAAUAACUGUACAGAACUCGAGCACAGUUACCUUGCGGUGGCGAGUAGGUUAUGAUGGUAACUUACCAGUAACGCGGUUCAUCUUGGAGAAAAUUACUAAUCAUCCUGAUGAUCAGUCUCUUGGAGAUAUAGCCGUACCCGGUAAUUCUUCUAGCUUCAAUGUAUAUGAACUGCUUCCUGGAGUCGUGUAUCAGUUUACUUUAGUUGCCGAAAAUGAAGCUGGAUUUAGUAAUAAGGUUACUUUGAACGUCUCCAUGCCAGCUGAUGUUCCUCCUAAGGUUUCCUGGGUCCAUAUCCUUGCGUCCACAAAUGAGAGUUUGCUCUUCGGGUGGAGAAGGCCGAAUCACGACAGCGGAGCUAACAUUACUCAUUAUAAAGUUCAACUUAAAUAUUUUAAUGGUACAGUUCGAGAUAAAAAGGAUAUGGGGAUUAACGCUCCUGGAAGAAAUAAUCUCAUGUACAUAUUUGUGACUUUGGAUCCAGGAGAAACGUAUAACUUUCAGGUUCAAGCCUGUAAUUCCAUUGGAUGUGGUCUUUGGUCGGAGCCAUUAGAAGGAACUACAUCUGAUGGAAUUCCAGAUGCCCCGAGAAAUGUCGAAGUUUUUUGUGACCAUGAUUUAAAUAAGGACUUGGAUACCUUGACGGUCAAGUGGGAAGAGCCAGCAAAUCCCAGGGGAACUAUAUUAAGUUACAAUAUUACAAUGUUUGCUAGAGCGCAAUAUCGCAACGACAUUGGCCAAACCGUUGAAGAGAAAACAUCACGGAUUGAAAUUUUUGACGUGAAAUUAAACAAACAAGAAUUCAAAACGGAAAUUUUGCCCAACACUGAAUACGUUGUUCAGAUGUGCACAAUUAAUAGGAGUGGAUGUGGCCCGAUGUCAAAUAUCACUGCCGAAACUCAAUGUAAAUCUCUCGCAAAUGUACCAGCAAGUUUACCCCAAUAUUCAAUGCAAAGAAAAAAUAAUACAUUGGACUGUCAAAUGCUUGAAUUGAAACUUCAAAGAGUUUCAGAAAGAAAUGGAACAAUUUUGUGUUAUAAAGUAGUUAUGAUAAAAUUACCCAAAGGACAAAAUUUAAGCAAAUUGCCUGCCAAUCCUGAACUUGUGCAAUUGUCAACGCAUGAAAAAGUACACAGAAAUGGAGGACAUGGUGCAUAUGUAGCCGAAGCUUUCACAAGUGACGAAUUUGUCAGUGAAGUUGUGAUUGGUGACAAUCAUCAGCGCAACUGUGAAUCUACCGAUACCAUUUCGUAUGACAAAAAGCGACACAUUGUUCAAGAUCCAGGACCUAUAAAAGAUAGUCAAGAAAUGGACAUUGUGCAAGAUGGCAACUUAGCUCCCAGUACAAAUUAUACUGGUUACAUUCUUAUCAAAGUACAAGGACCUAAUGACACAGUAUUAACUAAGACAAGCCCAUAUUUUUAUCCAAUAUUAACUGGUACGCCUCCAACUCAAGCAUCUUCAGAAAGUCCUAUUCUUGUCAUACUUGGAGUAAUUUGUGGUAUCAUAUUGGUCAUUGUAGCUAUUGCACUGGCUCUGUACCUUAUACGCAAAAAACAUGGUCCUCAUUACAUGGAAAAUGGGGAGCGUCUUGGACUUACAGCUUUAAUACUUAGAACUAUUCAUCGCAAUGGUCAUUUGCCUGGAGCUGGACCAUUGUCAAAAGUUCCUAGACUAGGUCCGAUUGCCGCUGAUGAGCUUCCUGCUGCCUUUGUUGAACGACAUGUGGACAGUGAUUUAGUAUUCCAGAGUGAAUUUGAAGCUCUACCUGAUAGCUUUAAAGAUCGAACUACCCAUGCUUCAGAUGCCCCUGAAAAUCUCAGUAAGAAUCGCUAUCCUGACAUCAAAUCAUAUGAUCAAACAAGAGUUAAGUUACCACUUAUUGAAGGCAUUCCUGGUUCAGAUUACAUCAAUGCUAAUUUUAUUGAAGGGUAUAAAGGAAGAAAGACAUUUAUAUGUGCCCAAGGUCCUUUAGAUAGAACAGUCACAGAUUUUUGGAGGAUGCUUUGGGAGCAUCGAGUAACAGUUGUGGUUAUGCUUACUGGAAUUGAAGAGCAUGGUCAGGUGAAAUGUGCCCAGUAUUGGAGUGAUAGUUGUGCAAAAGAGAUUGAAAAGAUGUUCGUUGUUACAGUAAUUAGUACAAAAAGGUAUUCAGAUUAUAUAGUUAGAAGAUUUCAAGUUGAAUAUACCAAAGAUGGUUUAACGGAAGAACGAGAAGUGCUUCAUUUUCAUUUUGUUUUAUGGAAAGAUUUUUUAGCUCCAGAACAGCCAUCUUGGUUGCUACGCUUUAUAAAACGUGUAAAUGAGCAUUAUUGUUCGGACAGAGGUCCACUUCUAGUCCAUUGCAGUGCUGGUGUAGGGCGUACUGGAACGUUUGUUGCCAUUGAUAGCCUAUUACAGCAGUUAGAAGAGGAAGGUCGAAUAGAUGUAUUUAGUCAUGUCAGUACGUUGCGGCACCAGCGAAACUUUUUGGUUCAGUCAUUAAAACAAUACAUUUUUGUGUACAGAGCACUAAUGGAACAUGCACAAUUUGGCGACACAGAAAUUGAAGUUAGACAUCUUAGGGACCACUACGAAAUACUAAAAGAAAAAGUCAGGGAUACUGAUAAAACUGGUCUUUCCAUCGAGUUUGAGAAACUUGGCGAGGUAAUUGAAGAUCCCAAAACCUGUUGCGUCGGAACUAUGGAUAUGAAUGUUGGAAAAAACAGAUAUGAUUUUAUAAUUCCUUAUGAUCUUAACAGGGUCAUUCUACCUCCUUCACCAUCACGUGAUCAUUCUUCAUACAUCAAUGCGUCAUUCAUACAGGGCUACGAUAGAUCGUUGUCAUUCAUCAUAACUCAAGAUCCUUUAGAAUCUACGGUGAUAGAAUUCUGGAGGAUGAUAAAAGAACAAAGCAUUACAACGCUUGUAAUGCUUUCAGAAAUUGGAGAAGGACAAACUAAAUGUCAACCUUACUGGCCAACAGAAGGGCAAGAUAAAGUAUGUGAUUAUAUUGAAGUGACUUUUGAAAAUAGUGAAAAAUUUCCAUUUUAUACCAAAAGAGAAUUCACUGUUAUUAACACAAAAUCAAAAAGUGAAGACAAGCAUACAAUUCAUCAGUUCCAAUUUCAAGAAUGGCCUUGUAGUGCUGGAACCGUUCCCGAAGGUACGCUUGGUUUGAUUACUUUAAUAGAAGAUGUACAGCAAAAUCAAGAAAAACAGAUGGGCAAUGGGCCUAUAACAGUUCACUGCAGUGGAGGAGGGGAUAGGAGUAGCGUGUUUGUUACGCUAAGUGUUCUCAUACAGCAGCUAAAGGCUGAAGAGCGAGUAGAUAUAUUUCAGGCAGCUAGGUAUACUCGUUCACAAAGGCACUGUAUGCUACAAACACUGGCACAGUAUGACUUUUUGUACAGAGGUUUGUUAGAGUAUAUUGUGUCUAGAAAUUUGUGUGAUAUGGGCGACACACAGCUAUGAUACAUUAGACUUAUUAAAUUCCAUCCAUCAUUUACGAUUUCUCUGCCUGUCUUACCUGGCAAUAAUUGGGCCAUCGUGGUCUGUGCUGUCCAGCCAGCAAGUCUGGUGGAGUUGUUGCUCAAGUAGAUGAGUGCCAUUAUUCCAGUUGUAAAUUAUUAAUUGCUGGAUGGCUAUCUGGUAAUAAAGGUGUGCUUGCGCUGAAAGAUGGUAUGCAUUGUUGGAUUACAUGUAUAGUGAAGAAAUUUUAAAGUAUGUGUUCAUGUGUGUAUAAACAGUAUUCUGGUCCUAAAUUAAGAUACCAUGAAAGAUGAGAAAUGUCAUGUUCUCUACACCAUUGACAAUUUUGUAAUUAUUCAUACAGACAGCAUGAUGAGCAAAAUCUCCCAGUUCAUAUGCAUCAUUUAUUUUAUCAUCCAUUGCUUCUAUGAAGGCUCUAGAGCUUUGGUGCUACUAACAUGGAGCAUGGGUGUGUACGUUAGAUGCAAUAAAAUACAUCAAAAUUUCGAUGAAUGAGAAACACCAGCUCAUUGUGGAGUGCCUAAAAUCUCUACCUGCUGCAUUUGUUCAUUUCUGCCAUUAGUGAGGUGCUUCAACUCAUUAGGUGUGUACAUGUAUAUUUAAAAGUGUUUAGUUGUACAUAGAUUAUAUUUUGUAAUUACUGCUGUACAUCACAGCCAUGAUUUUGUUAUUACUUUAUACUACUUUUAUAAAUAUCCAUGAAAGAAAUCAUAAAAAAAACUGUAAAGUUUGUUUUAUGUUAUUUAAGUAUGUUCUUGUCCUUACUCGGUGUAGAUGAAUGUUAUGAGUACUAGUGAAGUUAGAAGGCUUUAAAUUUUACAUUCGAAUGGCAGCUACAAUUUCUGCCAACGUGUUUUCAUCUUUUAUUUUAUUUUGAUUUAGAGAGCAACAUAUCAUAAUGAAACCAAUCAGUAUUUUUUACCUGGUGAUUUUUUUUUUUUUUUUUUUUUUUUUUUUUUUGAAGCAUCAAAUACGCACUCAAAUGCUCUCUCUCAAAAAAAAAGUCCCACCUUCAAGAAUUUUAUACUCUAAUCGUAACAUAUAUCUGCAUAGUUUGUAAAAAUUUUCAUAUCAAUGUUUUUGCAUUAAAAUCGGUUGGUACUUUUCAUGUGGUAAAAUUAUAACUGCUUUUGUUUCUUCCAAAAAAGGUCUUAAUUAAGGAUAUUCAUUGAAAUAAGGAUUUCCUGUUUUAUGCACAUCAGCUACGAAAAUAUUUAUCUCAACUGUUUCUAUCUCAAAAUAAGGAAGAUCUGUGUACCGAGGGUAAUCUUGUACCUACAUUUUUACAUUCAGUUCUCAAUUUUUUUAUUUAGUUAGGUAAGUUAACACACCAAUUGUAACUAUUGCAACCAUUUUUGAAUCCUCGAGGAGCAAGUAGUAACAAGUUAUUAUUAGAGAACUUGUAGUGUUGCUGGAAGUGAACUUCCGUAGCUCAUUUUUUUUAUUUCUGUGCAGAGCGAAGUCAAAAAUGUCUCUUUAAAUUUUAGUUUGACACAUUAAUUACUAAAUACGGUAUUGAAUAAGUUUCCCGUUCAGGUUAAUUUUUCAGUAGAAGUUUCACAUAAAAUCAUUUUUGUUGCACCUUGGGCCAUAUAGUUGCCUCGUACCUAGGUCCACAUCUUUAUGUUAAUAUUUUAAUAAAAAGAUACAUAGUUAGCAGAACGGCAAUGAACACAGCUGAAUUAUAGAAUAAUUUUUUUUAACUAUGAUUUAACGCAUUGUAAUUUAAAAAGUUACCACAUGAUAAACGAAUGCUAUUCGCUGAUAUUGUUACUUUUAUAAAACCCAUGUUUGGUUUCUCAUUCAUUACAGUUUGAACCUUGACUAAUGGUAAUGUACUUAGGUACGUUGACAUUUUACACCUAGGGACGGUUACUACUUUUUCAUAAAACUUUCAAUUGAGUAGAACUUGUCAUUUACAGCAUCAUACUCAAUGGAAUGGUAAUUACUAUAACAAUAUGUGCUAACCAGUUUAACUUUUGAAUAAAUCAGCAGCUGUUUUUGUACAAUGAAAAAAAAAAAGAUUCUUGGUACACAGGACCAAAGUUUUUGUAAAACAUUUCAAGUUAACUAGAAAAGUUUAAAAAUUUUUACAAAAAAUUGCUAAAAACUAACUUAAAAAAAAAACAGUAUAAAGUUGUGAAAUUACUAAGUUGUGAAAGCGGGAAGAAAAUUGGUAAAAAUGGUUAAAAUUAACCAUUAACUAAAACUUGGAAAUCCCUAUUUUUCAGUCGAUAUUCUUUUGGAAACUUGUUACGUCUCCACGAGCGCUGAUAAAUUUAAAAAUGUGUUGUUAUUGAAUCAAAUUAGUGCCAUAUUUAAUAUUAAUUUUAUAUAAAAAUAUAUAUAGAUUGAAAUUCAUGUUAUAUUCUUAUUGUCUUUUUU